UGGCGGGCGCUCUUGUUGGCGGAGCAGCCAGGCAGAGUGCGAAGCCGAGAGAGAGAGAGAGCGAAAGAGCGGCGGCCGCGAGCUGGAGCCGCCCGCGAGUGAGGUGCAGCGAAUGGAGGAGCCCCGGGGCGGAGGCGCCCCGGCCACCCACCGGCGCCCCCGGGCCCCAAAAUGAGCGCCGAGCUGGGCAAAAUGCUCAAGUGCCUCACCCACCGCACAUAUCGCUCGCUGCAGGAGGACAACUACACACCUGUUAAUCAUGCAAUAAAAAGUGAGGAGCCAAUCAAAAAGAGCGGUAGCAGGAGCCACUCAGAGCCGGCGUCGACGUUGGGCAGUCCGCAGCGGACAGGUGGUCUGCACGGCCUGAAAAGCGCCAUCGGAUUGCGCUUGCGAGGUCUGCGCUCAGAGCCGAAGCGCGCCGCGGCGGCAAACGACGAGUGCGCAUCUUGCGGCGGCGACGCGAGUGCGGCGCCGCGAUACACGCGUCUGCCGGCGGCGACCAAGUCGCGCGUCGCCAGCGCUCUGCAGCUGCUGCGGCGCCACAAGGGCGCCGCAAAGUUGCUGCGCGAGCGCUCCAAGUCGGACAACAGUCUGCAAAGACUGUCGGUGGUGCACGGCGCCACCAGCCGCUCCGAUCACGCCCUCCAGAGGCUGCUCGUACGCAAUAGCAGUGAGCAGCACGUCUUCCUGCCCCCUCACAGCCCCCCAGCCCCCAUCCCCGAUAGCAAGAAGUCCGCUAGAAGGUCGCGCUCCCUCGAGAGGACCUCCAAUUUCAGGGUCUACCCAGUGAACAGUGGGACGGUGGUGGUGUCAAGCAACGGGUCGCGCUCGCUCGAACGAAACCACAAGUUCCGGAUCGGGCGUACGAGUCCUCCGGCCGCGGCGGCGCCCACCACAGAAACCUCGUUGUGCAGCGCGCGCCAUGCGUUUCCGCACUGCGCCUCUUGUCCACUAGCGGCGCACAACCAAGAGGGGUUGAGGGCAUUUGCGGGCAGCACGGUGCUUUUGCUGCAACGCCCCUCGAUGGCCGCCCCACCACCCCCAGAGCCCCAUCGGGGCGCCCUCGUCAGCCGGCCCGACAAUGGCUGGCUCCACUCGGAGCACAAACUUGCCAGGGAGGGAAUCAGCUACCUGGUCAAGUAUGUUGGCUGCCUAGAAGUCAAAACGUCAAUGAAGAGCCUAGAUUUUGAAACUAGGUCUAUGAUUGCAAAGGAAUGUAUAAACAGGGUAUGUGAAGCUGCCGGCCUUAAGACUGUUGAUAAAAAGAGAAAGGUGGAGCGUCGGGUGGGGCGCGUCUUAGCAGACCAUCCGAACAUGAACCACGCGGGAGCUAACGUGACCCUGAGCAUUUCUAGCAAAGGUUUACAACUGACUGUCCUGGACACAGGCCAGAUGAUCGCCCAACACGACAUGCCCAACAUUUCCUUUGCCUCUGGUGGCGACCCAGACACGCUUGAUUUCAUGGCCUACGUGGCCAAGGACGCAAACCAGUGGCGGGCGUGCAUGGUGCUGGAGUGCGGCGGUGGAAUGGCUCAGGACGUCAUCACCACCGUCGGACAGGCCUUUGAGAUCCGCUUCAAGGAAUAUUUGAGGAGAACACCCAACCCUCCCACAGCCACCAAGAUGCCCAUCGCUAUGCCCCCACUGUCCACUGCCCCAAUGUCAAUUCGUCAGCCAAAGCCUAUGAGCGCUGAAUUUGAGUCUCCUGUGACCUCUGACCUGGAGUACUACAACGACCUGCCAGGCAAGGUGCCCCCAGACGUUGGCCCCCCGCCCGUGCCCCCGCUGCCCCAGUACCAUGCACCUUCGGUGCCCCAGCAGGCCACUCCCAGUAUCCCUCCCCCUCCUCCUCCGCCUGCCCCCAGCGAGCCUGUCCAGACAAGGGGCAGCACCAGCAGCAACCUGAUCGACCUGCACUCCGAGUUGUCGCCAGUGAGCAAAAAAAGCUGGGAGCACGAGUACGUCAACCAUGACGUCGCCCCGCCAACGGAGAAACUCGACAACGGAAACGACGUUUUUGACAUGCAACCAUUUUCUACAACCCUGACGGCUGGUGCGACAAGCCUUGCUCUGCAGAGGCAGCAGCUCGAAAGGGAAGCUUGGUUUCAUGGACCCAUCAGCAGGAAGGAGGCGGAGAGCAUCCUCCGAAAUGAUGGAGACUUUUUGGUGCGCGAGUCGCAAGGUUCUCCUGGCCAGUAUGUUUUGACGGGCCUUCAGGGUGGUGUGAAGAAGCACCUUUUGCUGGUGGACCCAGAAGGAGUGGUUCGUACCAAGGACAAAAUGUUUGAAAGUGUUAGUCACCUGAUCAACUACCACAGCGAGAAGAACAUGCCCAUCAUUUCUGCCGAGAGCGCCAUUGUGCUGCGGCGGCCAGUGGCGCGGGAAGGGCCUCUGAAAAGCCUCUGAAGCAUUUAUCGACUCUCCUCCUGCCAAGCAUUUGUAUUGAACUAACUGUUCCUUUUCUACUCAGCUAGGGAGUUCACAAAAUAAAUGGCGCUGCUGACUUUUAUAAAACAAAAAACUGUUGGAUGCAUUUCGGGGCUGUAGAGGUUGGCUUCUUAUUUUUGUUGUUAUCUUUAUUUUUGUUACGAGGAAGAAAGCAAGCAAGAGUGUGGCUUGAAGAGAAAGCCUCCGUUACAAUGGCUUGGCUUUAGUUGCAUUUCACCAAGUACAAAGUGGAAGAAAAUAAACUUUAUAAAUAUUUUUAGGUGGAAAUGUCACAGAUCGCCCCGACGAGAAUUUUGCUAGCAAUUAAUAACGUGUGUAACAAAUAAUGUUAAAUGUGUCCCUCAAAUAUGUGAUCCAUUAAUAGAUAAUGAAUUAAUUAAGAAAUACACAAACACUGUUAAGAAUAAAAUAGAAAUAAGUUGACACUCCACCUCUGCUGCAUUCAGGGCAAAAUUAUUCAACUUUUGCUUUAGACAGGAGAAUCGCUUAUCCAUCUCUCUUUCCUCAUUUCCGCGAGUUUGUAGAGUUAAUAAGAUUAAUAAUUGAAUACAGAAACUGUUCUCCUAAGACAAAUUUGCGACUGUGAGCGACUUUUAUAAUGGCAUCGCUGAGCCUUGCGCGUGCUAACAAAACGAAUUAGACUCGUCUCUCAUUACGGAUUUUACUCUGGAUCGACCACAGCUGUCUGUCUGUUGUCUACUCGACUAACUUUGUGAGUGUGCAAAUUUACUGAUAAAAAGUGUCAUAUUUUUACUAUAAAAAUACCCACAAUUGAGGUCAUAUCAAACUCUUUAAGAAUGAAAAUUUAAUAUUAUUACACACAUCUAAUAUUACGAGAUACAUAUGAGUAUUAAUAAUGAUUCUAUAUAUUAUAUUAUACAAGAAACGCAAAUUACCAUAAAUAAAAUGUAAGCUCUUAUACUUUGCAAAACUAUUUUUGUGUGUAAAAAGCAAAUGUUGAAUUUCUAUUUAAUCCUGUUGGAGGCUCGAAAGCUGCUUACUUGCAAGAUAUCCGUCGCACUGCUUUCGAGUGAAACUAGUAGCAAAGAUUAGUUUGCCUCAUCAAAAAGAUAAAUCAAUAAUAUAUCCUGUUGUUAAAUUGAAAAUGAUCAAUCAUUAUUUAAAGGUGCAACAUUUGAAGUUCUUGUUUUAUAAUAAACCACUUGUCUCCC